AUGGACUCGCUCGAACAAAACCGACCUGGUUCUUGCUCAUCACCCGUCGACAAGGGUGUCGACGUGAUGGAUGCCGAUGUCGGUCACAUCGAUAUCAAUGAUGACGAUGACGACGAUGCUGGUAUAUUCAGCAUCGCCAAUGGCUGCCACAGUGAGGAAGAUGGAGCCCUCACUGGUGAAGACAACGUUCUUUCAGCAGUGCACACGAAGCGCACUGCUGUUAUAAAGGAUGAGUCAUAA